AUGGCAACGGCACAGCAGAAGACGGUCGACGACAAGGCCAAGCCGUCGCGUCCCAACUUUGCCUACUUUCCUCUGGGCUACAAAGAAGCUGCCUACCAAUGGUGGUCCAGUAUCAGCCCCUCGACCGCCGAACGGAACGUCCUUGCCCACAUCCCUUACCUCAAGGACGCCCGCGAGCAUGCCACCAUCGAUCCCGCCGAUCAGUCCGACCCUUUCGGACCCCGCGUUUGGAAGACCCAGAUGGUGAACCUCUCGGGUCAGAACCGUGCCCUCAACGAAUACUCCGUCGAGCGUGUUGGCGAAAAGGUCGAGGAGAACCUCGUCAUGCUGCAUGGCUACGGCGCCGGACUGGGUUUCUACUACAAGAACUUCGAGCCCCUGUCACGACGCAAAGGCUGGAAACUGUACGCGCUAGAUAUGCUCGGCAUGGGUAAUUCGACCAGGCCACCCUUCAAGAUGCACGCCAAAGAUAAGCAGGGCAAGAUUGACGAGGCGGAGGCCUGGUUCGUCGAUGCACUGGAGGAGUGGAGGAAAGCCAGGAAUAUCGACAAGUUUACCCUCAUCGGUCACUCCCUGGGCGGCUACCUUUCUGUGGCGUAUGCCCUCAAAUACCCCGGCCACUUGAAGAAGCUCAUUCUCGCAUCCCCCGUCGGUGUGCCCUCGGAUCCCUAUGCUGUCAACGAAGCCAUGCCGGAGCCGGGUUCGUCAACGCUCGAGAACGAGUUUACGCAGGACCAAGAAAGCGUCGUCAACGACACGCACAACCAUGCCAACGCGAGCGUCAAGAGCGCGACGGCGACAAACUCGAGCAAUGCUCCCAAGCGACCGCUUCCCGGCUGGUUCGCCUGGCUUUGGGAUGCUAACGUGUCCCCCUUUAGUGUGGUGCGGUUCAGUGGCCCAUUGGGUCCUCGCAUCGUUUCGGGCUGGACGUCACGCCGCUUCAACCACCUGCCGACGGCCGAGGCGCUUUCUCUGCACGACUAUGCAUUUUCGGUGUUUCGGCAGAAGGGCAGCGGCGAGUACGCGCUACCAUACAUCCUCGCGCCCGGGGCGUACGCACGCAGCCCCAUCAUCGACCGCAUCGAGGGCGUCGGCCGGCAGACGGUGGAGAAGAACGGGCAAAAGAUUAAGGAGACCGGUAUCCCCAUCGUCAUGAUGUACGGCGAGAACGACUGGAUGGACGUCGCUGGCGGUCUGGCGUCCGAGGAGAAACUCAAGGCAGCAAAGAGGCGAGCGCUGCUUGAGGGCACGGCCGAGGAGAAGCGGAGGGAGAAUGGCUCGGCGAGGGUGAUUGUCGUGCAGAAGGCGGGCCAUCACCUGUAUCUCGACAACGCGGAUGAUUUCAAUGAGUACAUCUGGAAGGAGAUGGACGAGACAAGGAGCCACAGUCAGAAGGGACUGGCAUGA